UAAGUGGACAUCUAAAUUAGGGCAGUCAGUAGAACCAUUGACAUACAGUCAGAAUGUACACGUGGCGCACAGCCAAAGCUCGUCAAUGUCAGACGUCCACCACCACCACCAGAGAAGUCCACACACAGAGAGAGAGAAAGAGAGGAGAGAGAGAGAAGAAAAGCGUUACCUUGAAUUUUAUCUUUGCUUAGAUUUGAGGUUGAGUUGGAAGAAUUUCACAAACACACGAAUUCAAUUUCGCGGUGGCGGUGGGGGUGGCGGCGAUGGAUUCCCGGUGGAGGCGUUCGUUUUCGAUUGCCGUUUUGCUUUUAUUGGCUGACCUGAUUUGUUUAGUGAGCGGCAAUGUUGUUUUCGAAGUUCACCACAAGUAUGGCGGCCGUGGCAAGGGGGACGCUAUUUUGAGAGAGAUGAGAGCCCACGAUUCCCGCCGCCAUGGCAGGAUGCUUGGAGCCAUUGAUUUCCAGUUGGGCGGCGAUGGCUCUCCGACUAACACCGCGCUCUAUUACACCAAAAUUACAAUCGGAUCUCCACCAGUCGACUAUCACGUCCAGGUCGAUACAGGUAGCGAUAUUUUAUGGGUGAACUGCAAAGAUUGCGAGAGGUGUCCCACAAAAAGUGAUCUCCAUAUAACCUUAAACCAGUACGAUUUGAAGGCCUCCUCCACCGGAAAGACAGUCACUUGCGAUCAAGAUUUUUGUGAUGCUGUAUUCGCUAGUCCAAAUCCAGAUUGCAAAGUGGGAAUGGGCUGCGAGUAUGCUAUUACGUACGGAGACGGGAGCAAAACCGAGGGUUACUUCGUCAAAGAUAACUUAAUAUUUGAUCAAAUUACUGGGAACCUUCAGACCACACCCAUGAAUGGAUCCGUAGCAUUUGGGUGCUCAGCUAAACAAUCGGGAGAGUUAGGCUCAUCUUCUCAGGCUGUUGACGGCAUAAUUGGUUUCGGACAAUCAAAUACAUCCGUUCUUUCUCAGCUUUCUUUGUCCAAAAAGAUUAAAAAGGUCUUUUCACAUUGCUUGGAUGGCGGGAAGGGAGGUGGCAUAUUUGCUAUUGGAGAAGUUGUGGAGCCAAAAGUAAAUAGAACACCAUUGGUCCCAAAUCAGGUACAUUAUAAUGUUGAACUGAAGGCAGUUGAUGUGGGUGGUAAACUUCUCGACCUUCCAACAACUUUUUUCGGCUUGGGGCCCAGUCGAAGGGCUAUAAUCGAUAGUGGUACGACCUUGGCCUAUCUUCCCUCCGACAUCUAUCAACAUAUUGUGGAUCAGAUGGCGGCGCAACAACCAGAUCUGAAAAUUCAUAUGGUUGAGGGCCAGUUCAAAUGCUUUUGGUUCAGUGGGAACGUUGAUGAUGGGUUUCCAAUUAUAAAUUUUCAUUUCGAGGACUCGCUCACCUUGCCGGUUCAUCCCCAUAACUAUUUGUUUGAAGUUCGCGACGAUGAAUAUUGCAUCGGCUGGCAGGCCAGUGGAAUGCAAACAAAGGAUGGAGGGGAAUUGACUCUAUUAGGAGAUAUAGCAUUGUCAGACAAGCUUGUCCUUUACGACAUGGAAAAUCAGACAAUUGGAUGGACUCAAUAUAACUGUUCAUCGAGCAUUAAAGUAAAAGAUGAAGUGAGUGGAAAUGCUUAUGCAGUAGGCUACCACGACAUAUCAUCUGCCCCCAUUCUAUCGAGCCCUAACAUUAUUUCCUUCUUUGUGUUCUUUGCUGCUCUCCUCAAUCUGAUAGAAUGAGCUCCGUCACGAGGAUCAACAAUUUCCGCCUUUUUUCCUUUUCUUUUAUUUUCUUUUUGUAUCAUAUUUAACAGCUUGAUGAAGAGGGUUUGAUACAUGAAUCCUUGAGUUAUAUAGUGAAUUAAAAAAAAAAAAAAAACAUUUUUUGUCGAAAUUUUAGAUUUUCUUUUUUUUUGGGUCCUACAGAUGUUAUACACAUUGUAAAAAAAGUUAUAUGACAAAAGUGUUCUCUUUGUUCCAUUUUAUCAUAUUUUGCUGGAGGUUGCGGUUGAAUUGCUGCUCUGUUGCAGUUUUAUACGAUACAAAAUCGACACUUUUGUGUGAAGACUUAAUUCGAUUGUUUUAUUAUACACUUGUCUAGAUAACUAUUCGUUUAUCACAUUUAUAUGUAUGUGUGCACUAGGGGUGUAGACAAGUCGAGCAUGAUUGUUUUGGCGAGCUUGAGCUCGAGAUCGAGCAUGUGCCCAUUGUGUAUUUUUAUUUUUAUUUUAAUAAAUAUUAUUAAAUUUUUAUUAUUG